AUGUCCCUCGGACAGUUUCCACUUGGUAAGGAAAGUCUAAGUGUGAGCCAAUCCGAUGGACGCAGCGGUUACGUGUCCCAUAUGGAGUUUGUGUCGGCCUUAUUGCGCAAAUCUACCGUAUUUGAGUUACCCUGUUGUGGUUUACCUCCUUGCGACAUGUCUUGUGGAAAUUAUUCACUAAACACGGAUGUCGCAAGUGUGAAUCAAAACUAUGCACAUGGAGUUAAGGAGGCAUGCACAGAAAUGAUACCAAAGCCUUGUUCCGUGGCCACGUGGACUCACAAUAAUCGAAACGUUUGUACAAUGUCAACUGGAAUGACAGUUUUGAGUACCGGUUCGCGCGAUGGCGCGCACUACUUGGGUCGUGGCACCCAAGGCGAGCCUGUCGAAACUAAUCUUGUGUGUUUGGUCACAAAUCCCGACACGGAUGUUUUUGGACAGGCGCAAUCCCAGCUGAGUAUUCAGAAACAUGAUGUGACUGUUUCGGGACUCGAUUGUUGCCAUGCUAAGGAGCAUGGUAACUAUGAUGAAUGUGCCCACGGUGCCGUGUAUAACACCGUGGAGAAUAGUGGAACGGACCACGAUGGCGCUUGGCAGAUCGUGGGGCCGAAUGGAAAGUGA